UGGAACGCAGCGUUUAAUGCUCGUGAGGGGUUUGACAACCCGACCCGAAAAUAAAGCGAUUCGGAACGGGGAUUUGGAUCCUGGCAUUGCGCACGAAGAAAAACCACGAGAACUCCAAUUCUUUUUUCGAAAUACUCCUCACUCAGCUUACUCGGAACUCUGAUCUAGGGUUUCGUUGGAGGGCUUUUUUAUCAGAUCUCUAGGCAAUCAAAUGACGCCACCUCCAGGUCCUUACUCCGGUGCCAGCGCUCUCGCUCUGGUGGCGCGUGCAUCAGCAUUCAGUUUUGGCUUGGUUUAUGGAAAUGCGAAGCUCAAGAUUCUCAAGAUGAAAGCAAAUUCACAUAAGAAGGCGGAAGCUAAGGCACAUCACUGAGGAGCUAGUCGUAGGAUGAUGAAAUAAAUGGCCAUCGAUCAUUCAAAUGGUCACCAUAUGAUUACUCUUAUGCAAAAGAUGACUCUUGGUUUAGAGAAUUAUGAGUUUUUUGAAUUUUUGUUUGUGAAUGUGAAUUUCCACAUUUAUGAGAAAGUGAGACAGUUUUCUAUAAAUUGAACACUUGGAAGAACAAUUAUUUUGUGGAUUCCUGGGUAUUCAUACAUAUACUAUACCAUUAGGAUUUCACGACCUUCUUUAUGAAUGCUAAGCAAUUGUGCAUUGUGAUUCA